AGGAAUGUGUAUGCAAGAAAUUUGUUAGCUAUGAAGUAUUGUGUGUCAUUGCUGAUUCUGAACUGCCUUAUAUUACAAGUUUCAGGUGUUUUAGAAUGGACAGUUGUUAGAAAGGUAACAGAUUAUGGACAAAACGUGACAUUAUUUUGUAAUGUUUCUAACUGUUGUCCCAAAUAUUCUGGUUGGGAUAUGUGGACCCCAGAACAACGCACACUAUUUAUAGAUGUCAAAACAGCACAUCCUAAUAAAAAGUAUGAUGGAAAGGCUACGAAGGAUGGAUACACCUUAGUUAUAAAAAAUCUGACUAAACAAGAUCUUAAUGUUUCUUAUUCAUGUUUGUAUGGAGUAACAUUUGGUGAACGAAAAUUUCUCCUGGAAGAGGACGUUUUCACCUACAUAAGUACUGAGAAACCAAAUGUUCCAACAAGUAAUAGAAGAUUAUCAGAAGCUGAAAUUGCUGCUUUAAUAACUGGGGUUAUUGUGGCAGUGUCAGUGUCAGGGAUACUUUCUAUCUAUUUCUGGAGUAGAAAAAAGAAUAGAAAAAGCAAAUCAGAUACAGACGAAAAUUUUUCAUUAAUUGAAGAGGAGCAGGGAGAAAUUCAAAGAAAUAUAGCAGAACAAAUUAACAAUGAGAUAGAAGACUGGAAAAGGAAGGAUAAUAUGUUUGUGCCUACAAGAGCCAGUGAUACCGUCAUGGAAUGUUUACAAAAUAACAGUUGUGUGACUUUGACUGGCCCAUCGGGAGUUGGGAAAUCUUUUAUCUGCAGACAUACAGCACUUGUUUUACAGAAGAUAGGAUACAGAAUAAUAACGAUUUAUUCACCAAUGGAAAUUAGAACUUAUUAUCAUCCUGGUGUACAUACAGUCUUCAUUAUAGAUGACAUUUGUGGAAAUUUCGCUGCCAACAAACAACAGAUUGAGAACUGGAAGCCGCUGUUACCUGUCAUUAACACAAUUAUUGCAGACAAAUGUUGUAAAAUUAUUGUAUCUUGUAGGUUACAAGUGUAUAAAGAUCAUAGGUUUGAAAUAUUAUUACCAUUUAAAUCUUGUGAAUGCAACUUAAUAUCAGAUAAAUUAUGUCUUACAAUUGAUGAGAAAAAUGAUAUAGCAAAUACCUAUAUUGGUACAAGUGCGAAAGAUAUUGAUCCUUUAUCUCGAAAAAGUGAAUUCUUUCCACUUUUAUGUUCUUUAUGUCAUGAACAAAAAAUUUCAGAUGCCAAUUUAUUUUUCAGAAAUCCUUUUUUUGUCUAUGAAAAUGAGCUAGACAACUUAAGUAAAAGUGGUACGGAGGGAAACUAUAAACUAUGUAGUCUUUCCUUAUGUGUUAUCUUUAAUAAUCAAUUGAAGGAAGAUUGGUUCGAGGGGAAAGUGACAGACGAACAACAGCAUAUGAUAAAUGACAUAAGUGAGUCUUUUGCAGUUAAAAGUUUACCAAAGAAAUUACUAUGGAAAGUACUUGACACUUUAAUUGGUACAUUUAUUUAUAAACAAAAUGGGGUUUAUAGAACCAUGCAUGAUAAGUUGUUUGAUUUUCUUGCUCAAUAUUUUGGUCAGAAAAUGAUAAAAUGUUUGAUAGAACAUGGUGAUAGUGAUUUAGUACAUGAACGGUUUAUUUGGCAGACAUCGCGGAAUGAAAAGAACAAUAACACUGACUUUAUGAUUGAAAUACAAGAUACACAUUUAAAAUCAUAUUUAAGCAGGUUUAUAAAGGACUGGUCUGAAGGAAAGGUGACAGAUGUUUUCAGUAAUACUAAUAUUAAAGUAUUAUCAUUCAGGAAAGAGCUUUUACAGUACUUACAAAAACUGGACAAAUCCAUACAAGUAACAUUGACCAACACCAAGGAUACAGAGGUACCAAAAGAGUGUGGAACAGGUAAUACUCCGUUGAUAAUGGUGUGUUGUGAUGGUUAUACUGACUUGGUACAGUGGAUGAUACUUAAUGAUGUGGAUGUGGAUCAGUGUAGGAAUGAUAGGUCAACUGCAUUGAAUUUGGCAUGUGGUAAAGGGUAUACUAGUAUUGUAGAAAUGUUACUUGAACGGAAUCCUCAUGUUGAUCUGUGUGACAAUGAUGAAUGUAGUCCUCUGUCAAUGGCAAGUAGGGAAGGACACUAUAAUAUAGUUAGGUUACUAUUAGAGAAGAAUCCUAAUAUUGAUAUACGUUCCAUAUUUGGGAGGACUGCACUGAACAAUGCAUGCUAUAAAGGGUAUACUACUAUUGUAGAAAUGUUAUUAAAGAAAAAACCUGAUGUUGAUCUAUGUGACAAUAAUGGCAGUAGUCCUCUGUUAAUUGCAAGCCAGGAAGGACAUACUGAUAUAGUAAGAUUACUGUUGGAGAAUUAUAGUAAUGUUGACAUAUGUGACAAUGAUGGUUCUAGUCCUCUGUACAUGGCAAGCCAGAAUGGAUAUACUGAUAUAGUAUUUCUACUAUUAAAGACAAAUCCUAAUGUUAAUAUACGUGUAUGUUCCAAAUAUGGGUUCACUGCACUGGCAUUGGCAUCUUAUAAAGGGUAUACUUCUAUUGUGAACAUGCUAUUAGAAAGAAAUCCGAAUGUUGAUUUAUGUGACAAUAAUGGCUGUAGUCCUCUGUUAAUGGCAAGUUGGGAAGGACAUAUUGAUAUAGUAAGGUCACUAUUACAGAAAAAUGCUAAUGUUGAUCUAUGUAACAAGAAAUAUUGUUAUACUCCUCUGUACACGGCAAGUCAGAAAGGAUUUACUGAUAUUGUUAGGUUGCUUUUAGAGAAGAAUCCUGAUGUUAAUCUUUGUGAUAAUAAUGGACUCACUCCACUACAAACGGCAUGUUAUAAAGGAUAUACUGAAAUUGUGAAAAUGUUAUUGGAAAAGAAGACCAUUAUUUAUCAAUCAAACAAGGAAUAUGGAUGUAGUGCUUUAUACAUAGCAGUUACCAAUGGAUAUACAGAUAUAGUUAGGCUACUAUUGGAGAAGAAUCAUGAUGUUAAUCUAUAUAACAAAAAUGUGUUUAAGGCACUGACCAAUGCCUGUUGUAAAGGGUAUACUACUAUUGUGGAAAUGUUAUUAAAGAAGAUUCCUCGUCCUGAUCUUUCUGACAAUAAUGGUUAUAGUCCUCUGUUAAUGGCAAGUCAGGAGGGACAUUCUGAUAUAGUAAGACUUCUAUUAGAGAAGAAUGGUGAUGUUGACCUAUGUGAUAAUGAUGGUUGCAGUCCUCUGUACAAAGCAAGUCGGAAUGGACAUUCUGAUAUAGUAAUGCUCCUAAUGGAAAAGAAUCCUGAUGUUAAUCUAAGUGACACUGAUGGUUGUAGUCCCCUGAUAAUGGCAAGUCAGGAGGGACAUACUGAUAUAGUGAGGCUUUUAUUAGAGAAGAAUGGUGAUGUUGACCUAUGUGAUAAUGAGGGUUGCAGUCCUCUAUACAAAGCAAGUCAGAAAGGGCAUGUUGAUACAGUGAGGUUACUAUUGGAGAAGAAUCCUGACGUGAAUGAAAUUGACAAAGAUGGAUGUAGUCCUCUGCAAAUUGCAAGACAGGAAGGACAUACUGAUAUAGUUGUGUUAUUGUUACAGGCGAUAUUAAGGGAUCACCCAAACGAAAAUGACUGCUGUAAAAUCAUCUGAAAUUAGGAGUCAGAAUGAACAUACUGAUAUAAUAAGGUUAUUGAUAUAGACGAGUCCUGGCGAUGAUUUAUAUGAUAAUGAUGCAUGUAGUUGUUCUCUUUAAUCACAUGUAGCAUGCUUGAAGGAAUAUACUGAUUUAUUAGGGUCUCAGUUACAGAAGAAUCAUGUUGUCUAUGAUGGCUUCAUACCACUGAUAAUCUCAUAUACCAGUAACCACACACUAGUUGUCAACAAAUAAUUUAGAUAUAACAUGUAUAAAGCAGAUAUUAAAUCCUAUAUUAUUGAAGACGGUGUGUUACCUUGAGUUGUAUCUUCAAAAUGAAUUAAUGCGAUUUGAACAUUAGCAAACUACUGUUGUCUCAAAAUUAGCAGAUGCAUAUACUAACAUCCAUUGAAAUCAUGAAAAAAAGAAGAUGGCAUUAUUGUUUGCAGGUGCUUAGGGCAUGAAGGUCUUGUGCUUGUUAUGUGAAAAUCAGCAAAUAUAAACAUCGUUUUAACUCUUGUCAUUUGGUCUUUAGUCUGUAUGGCAUGUUACAUCUAGGAAGCAGAUCAGAACAUUAAAUUAAUACUAUUUUAUAACUCUUUUUAUUUGAUAUUGGUUUAAAACAUUUGAUAUGUACUGCGAUACAUUCGAUUAUUUCGUCUAUAAAAAUACAAAAAAACCGUAUAGCUUCACUUCCUAUUACAUGCAGGAACAGAGGAUAUGUGUUUGAUUUAAAUGAAGUAGUUCAUGUUUAUCUGCUUUAUAUGUAUUAGUCUAUCAGUCGAAGACUGUAUGAACACUGUAUGAAAACCGGUAUGUUUUAGAGUUAGUGACGAAUUACUGUCUAAAUGCCGUAUAUUUCUUUUUUUCCAUAAUGUCAUUGCUAUGAUUAUUUCUGUUUUUGUCACUCUAAAUUUACUACACCAUACUCUUGUACAUUUACAUUAUAGACCAUUUAAUGCAGAUAUUCUUUCGCAAGGAAAGAAAGAAAAACAAUUCUAUUAGUUAAACUUAACAUUAAUACAAUUAUAUAUGGAGUACUGCUGAGUUGUAACAGCAACUAACACAAAUUAUCCUAAAAUAGUCAUUAUAAAAAAAUCAUAUUAUAUUGAACAAUUACAUGGCUUAAAUAAAAUGUAUAUAUCUAAAAAAUGAUAUUCUGUUGACAAAUUACAUGGUCUACAUAAAAAAUUAAUAUAUAUAAAAAUCAUAUUUUAUUGAACAAGUCAUGGUCUACUUAAAAUAUGUGAAUCUAAAAAUCAUAUUCUAUUAAACAAAUACCUGGUCUACAGAAAAUGUAUAUAUCUAAAAAGUAUGUUCUAUGGAUCAAAAACAGGGUCGAUAAGUAAUAUCUGUUGAUCAAAUAUAUGGCUUACAAGUAAUAUAUAUCGACUAAAUACAUGGUCUGUAAAUAACGUAUAUUGAAAAAUUAUCUGGUAUAACAGAUAUUGACCAAAUACAUGGUCUAUUAGUAACAUCUAUCGUAUAAAUACAUGAUCUGUUACAAACAUCUAUUGACCAAAUGCAUGGUUUGUAAAUAACAUCUAUUGAAAAAUUAUCUGGUAUAACAGAUUUUGACCAAACACAUGGUCUAUAAACAAUGUAAUGUAUAACUAAAUAUUAAAUUCUAUUCACCCAAUACAUGAUCUAUAAGUAACAUAUACAUGUAUAUUGACCAAAAACAUGGUCUGUUACCAACAUCUAUUGAUCAAAUAUAUGGUCUAUAAGUAACAUCUAUUAACCAAAUACAUGGUCUGCUACCACAAUUUAUUGACCAAAUACAUGGUCUGUUAACAACAUCUAUUGACAAAACACAUGGUCUGUAAAUAACAUAUAUUGAAAAAUUAUCUGGUUUAACAGAUAUUGACCAAAAACAUGGUCUCUUAACAAUAUCUAUUGGUCAAAUACAUGGU